AUGUCUGGGCAAGAAAAUUUAUUAUCUCAUUUCAAACAAACAGCAUUAAGCGUUACACAGUUGUACCAAGCUUCCACUGCAGAGGUACUUCGUUCCCAAAAAGCUGGUUAUGCACAGGCUUUGAAAGAAAUCGCAGAACUGAUUGAAUGUAACGGUGUUUCUAGUGACUAUGUCCUUCAAUAUUGCAAAGAAAAACUAACGAUUUAUGACCCUGAGUUCGUGGCAGACUCGUUUCAACACUCAUCAGGCGGGAAUGGAGACCCUAUCCAUAUGGACGAUGUACAGCAAGUUCCUCAGAGUCAUUCAAAUCUUAAUUUCUCUGCAUUGCGCACAGCUCGUUCAGGUCGGCCCGUUUUGGAUUCAGACGAUGAUGAAGCUCCUCACAAACGAAGAGUUUUCGACUUGAAUGGCACAUGGACAAAACGAAAUCGUCGUGUGUAA